GGCAUUCAGUUAUAUUUUAUCCUCCACUACACAAUAAGCAUGCAAAUAGUUAGCUAGCUAUGUUACUUCAGCUGCAUUGCAAGGCAAGCUUACACAAUUGUGCAUUCAAUUUGCAGUAAAUGCUUUAGCUAGUUUGAUUCUCCACUGUUUCACAAGAUGACGGUCUUUUUUUCAAAUAAUGGAGUUUGAUAUGACUGAAAAACAAUGUCUCAGAGAUUCAUACCUGAACCGCACCAAGGAAGAGUACAUAAUCAGUGAAUACAUUCAAAUGUACAGGCUACAAUGUGGGAAUCCCAUGUGUGGUAAUAACUACAGUAUAUAGGACUUGCAUCCUUGGCACAAUAAAGUUAUUACAUUCUACUCAAUCCAUAGGCUUCAUUAAUGUCAUUCGGACAUGAAGUUGAUACAACAACUAUGAUAGCUGAGGUUCAUAGUUUUGUAUGAAUAUUAGUUCAGAACCUAACGUUUUAGGGUCCAUACACAGAUUGGCUACAUACUGUAGCUAGCUACACAUCCAUUGGCAUUCAGUUAUAUUUUAUCCUCCACUACACAAUAAGCAUGCAAAUAGUUAGCUAGCUAUGUUACUUCAGCUGCAUUGCAAGGCAAGCUUACACAAUUGUGCAUUCAAUUUGCAGUAAAUGCUUUAGCUAGUUUGAUUCUCCACUGUUUCACAAGAUGACGGCCUGGUUUGCUGGUUUUCUCAAGAGUCCCUAAAACAUUAAACAAGACAAAUUACAAAUUCAUUCUCCUGUCAUAAUACUAUCUAGCUAGCUGGCAAAUGUUAGCUAGUCAUAACUUGCUAAAUAGCGAUUAGCGAACUCCCCCUUGUGGUGGUCUGGAGCAAUGUAACCUUACCUCUAAGUCCCACGGUGCAAGCUCGCAACUUUUAAAGUAGGAACCACUCCAAAAUUAAGGAAAUCUUUGACUAUGUACAGACACCGUGAGCAUAGCCUUGCUAUUGAGAAAGGCCACCGAAAGCAGACCUGGCUCUCAAAAUGAGGUGGAAUCUGAGCUGCACUUCCUAACCUCCUGCCAAAUGUAGGACCAUAUUAGAGACACAUAUUUCUAUCAGAUUACGCAGACCCACAAAGAAUUCAAAAACAAAUCCAAUUUUGAUAAACUCCCAUAUCUAUUGGGUGAAAUACUAGUGUGCAAUCACAGCAUCAAUAUUUGCGACCUGUUGCCACGAGAAAAGGGCAACCAGUGAAGAACAAACACCAUUGUAAAUACAACUUGCAUUUAUGUUUAUUUAUUUUCCCUUUCGUACUUUAACUAUUUGCACAUCAUUACAUCACUGUAUGUAUACAAAAUAUUUUGAACUUUUUGAAGUGUAAUGUUUACUGUACAUUUUGUUUUGUUUUUUCCACGUUUGUUUAUCUAUUUCACUUGCUUUGGCAUUGUAAACAUACGUUUCCUAUGCCAAUAAAUCCCUCGAACUGAAUUAGAGAGAGAGACUGAGUGACUGAGUUUUAGGUGAGAAUCUGAAGUUAGUAACAGGAAAUGAGAUAUAAGCAUUGAGAGAGGGUGACCAAGUUAAAGGGAAGUGUUUAUGUCUGAUAAUAGUGAAAGAUGGAUCUAACAAUAGAUAAUACCCAACAUAUGUCCUCUGUCAAUCUAUCUGUUCACAGGCUCAAUGGAACCAGCAAUCAUCCACACAGACAGUGUUGGCUAUACCCUGAUUUUGUUGUCACACAAGUCAAACCCUGGCUCUACCUGGCCCUGUCACUCCUGGGUUUCCUAGCCAACAGCCUGACCCUGCAUGAACUCUGGAGGUCGGUGUGGACCCCCACCAUCAUCCUGACCCUCAACAUGGUGACCUCUGACCUCUUGCUGUGCACCAGCUUCCUGUUCCGGGUGGUAUACUACCGGAGGGGUCACAUCUGGUCUGGAGGGGACAAGGUGCGGCCUCGCCCUGCCCUCCUUACUCUCCUCACCAGGUCCAGAGGAUGCUGGGUACUCUGCCUCAUCACCUGGGUAACUGUGGCAACGGUGGUGAGUGCCAGUGUGGUACUUCAGAUCGGAAGAGGAGGAGACAGCUUCUUUGACAUGUUGGAGAAUCACCACAGAGAAGAGUUCAACAACCAACACUGCCUGAGGGUGGUGCUGUUUUUCACGAUUCUCACCUUUAUUCUGGUCGGCUAUGGGGGACUAGUGUUGCAUCUACAGAGUGUCAGGGGGGCCAGGAACAAACACACCAGUGAAGGAGGGGUGACGGAGGUGGUUGAGUUGCGGGGUGGAAGAGGGGUGUGUGGUGUGUUUAGGGGAGGGGGAGGGCAGGGGGAGAACAGACGGGGUGUAGACUUGGGGGUGCAUUCAGGGGCAGAAGAGAGGCAGGGGGUGAAGGGUGGUAGCCUGAGGGUACGAAGGAAGAUCCUGGCAGCGGUUGUGGUGUUUGUGGCGUGUUUCCUUCCCUACCAUGUCCAGCGUGCAGUGACCCUGCUCUCACCACACGGGGGCGACUGUGAGAAGGGGAAAACAUGA